CUAGUUGCAAUUAUUCAUAUGCAAAAGUAAAAUGGCCGCCGCCUUGUGAAGGAAAUGCUUGUAGAGUGUAUAUUUUUUAAUUAUGAAUUUCCUAUAAAAAUAUUUUAAGUUAUGGCUCUGUCGGUAAACGUAAGUGUAGAAGCUGCUCAAGAAUAUCAAGUCCAAGAAAUCACCUACGAUGGACAAGAAAUUUAUACUCAGCCUCUUUCUAUGUCAGAGAACUUGACCAAAUUAGCUCACAAAAUCGAUUUCAGUAAAGUUGAUAAUGAUGAGGUAACAGAAUAUACAGAAACUAAUGAAGAUAGUAAGGAGCUCGCUACUUUUCAACCGUCUUUAUGGCCUUGGGAUUCUGUUCGUAAUAAAUUAAGGAGUGCCUUAACAGAAGUCAGUGUUUUACUUGAUGUUUUGAAUAUAGCAAAAGAAAAACGUUAUAUGGUAUUAGAUGCAGUCUCUCAAGAUCCACCAGAUGUUAAACUUGUUGCAACAUUGUUAGCAAAAAAAAAGGCAUUAUCUGCAGCUGCCUCUAUUAUUUUAAAUGGUGCAGAAAGAUUAAGAACAUCCCAAGCAGAAGCAGGAAGAAAUCGUUCUGUACCAGAUUUUCAUUUAGAACUAUUACAUAUGAGACAAUUAUGGCGUUUGAAAAAAGUUGGAAAUACAAUUUUGGGUGACCUCAGUUUUCGAAGUGCUGGAUCGCAGUUUUGGCAGUUGGGAGUAUUUGAAGUGAGUAAAAGUGAACAGGCAGCUACAACUUCGCCAUUUCCUAGUACGGAUCCAUCGGCAAGAACAAAGCCAGCAGUUCCGAGUGCUCUGAAAGUUACAUUGCCUAGUGAACUAGAAGGAAUAAGUUAUAUUCAAGUUACAGUACAAAAAGAUACAGAAACUAUUGCUAGUGGAGAAUUAACUAUACCAUUACCUGAGUCUGCACGUUCACAGCCUGAAGCUCAUUGGCAGCAAAAGUUAGAAGCUGCACAAAAUGUCUUAUUUUGCAAAGAAUUAUUUUCUCAAUUAGCCAGAGAAGCUGUACAACUACAACCAGCCAUUCCUAAUCUUGUCGUUGGAAGUCAAAUAACUGUAUCACUUUUUCCAGGAGUACAGUUGUGCAUAGGUUUGUGUCACACUACUGCAAACUGCCGAUCAAAGACCACUUCAACCCAAACAGGCGAUCAUAAACCUGUACUGGAACAUUCAUUACAUCAACUAUUACGAGAAAUUCACUACAAUGCACUACAUCAUCCAAUGCCUCAUCCCACAACUGCCACUCUCGGUGUCAGUAAGAGGAGACGAUUAGCAGGACCUGAGGCAUGCGAUCGGCAAACUUUAAUAGAGUCAUCAAAAAAUGAAACAAUUUUAGAACAAGUAAUUCAUCAAACACAGCAUGUUGUGCUUAGACUGAGGACUAUGUAUAUGAUUGAUACAUAUGCUUGUGAAAUAAAAGAUCCUUUAAUUGUUGCACAUUGGGUAUGUCUUAACAGCCCCAAUAAAAGCAGUGUUAAGAUAAAUAUUAUGACUCAUGGAUAUGAAACUAUAUGCAGAACACCAUUAGUUAUACAUGUUGGAAGAAGAAGUUUAAAAGCCAUUUGUCGUGAUGGAAGGACUAUGAAUUUAUCAUACGAACCGCAGGAACUACAUUAUCUGUUGAUGUGUCAGGUUUCACAGCAUCAAGUUAAUGCAGUUCAAGCUUUGGCUAAACUAAUGGGGUGGAAGGUGUUAUCCACCUGCAAUCACAUAGGAGUCGGUGCUGUAGAACCGAUUGGAAAUGCCUCUUCAGUAAUUAUGGCAUCGCCUACUGGAGAUAGAGUAAUUGCCGUAAGGUGCGGUCCACAAACUGGAGUUCACGUGAGCGUUUCUUCCUCUCCUCAACAACAAGACUUUUAUCCCAGUACUUUAGUUCGAGAUAGAAAAUGGCAGAACCUCAGCGGAAACUUUAGAGAAGUGUGUUGGGAACGAAUGGAAGGCCGUAACUUUUUGAAUAAAAUGGAGCAUUUGAUGGGAAGUCUGACUACUUGCUGACCAAAAGAGAAAUUUGCAAGAAAUUUGUUUUUGAACAUCUUUUUCUGAUGAUAUUCAUUAAAUUCAUCAAUAUUGUUAAAUCAUAAUCAUUUUUACAGUGUACAAUUUUAAAUGUUGCUCUGUACAAAUAUAAUCUAUAAUGAUAUCCAGUUUUGGUAAAUUAUAUUCUGUAUAUAUAUAUAUAUAUAUAUUAAAUAAACUAAU